AUGCGGGUGCACUUCCGGUGCGUGGAGGAGGCAGCCUGGGCGCCGCUCUUCGAGCAGGUCCACGCCGUGCUCAGAGACUACCCGGGCCUGUGCCUCACGCAGGGCCGCAAGGUGCUCGAGGUCCGCCCCAUGAUCCGUUGGGACAAGGGCAAGGCGCUCGAGUUCCUCCUCACCGCCCUCAGCUUCGCCAACGCCGCCGACAAAGACGUCUUCCUCAUCUACGUCGGCGACGACCGCACCGACGAGGACGCGUUCCGGGUGCUACGCGCGCAAGAGCAGGGCGCCGAGAUCCUCGUGUCCAGGUUCCCUGGGUUCUGCAAGUACUCGGCGCGACGCCGCCGCCGUGAGCGUGGGUAG